CCUAACAUUAAGCUCCACACACACUUCCUGCAGGCUCCACAUGAAGUUUUCAGUCACUCUGCACCGUUUGGAUUUUUGAGGAUUUCAUAUCAACCAUCCGGGACUCUUCUCCUCCUGACUGAGAUGUUGCGAUGUUUCGUGCAGCCUUACAAAACGUGGACUUGUUUUGGCUGAUUCUGUUGUAUUUUGUUGUGUUACCAGAGACUGGCUGUAGAUCAGCCGAUGUGGACAGCUGUCAUGAGGUGAAGACAGCCUACAUGAUGCGCCAAAUAGGCCCGGUGGAGCUGGUGCCAGACAGGCCGGGAACAGAUGAGUCCCUGCGAGUGUGUGUCCACCCCGGGCCCAGCUGCUGCACCAGUAAGAUGGAGGACAGCUACAUGUCGGCCGUUCGCAGUGAGACCCAGCAGAAGAUGCGCUCAUACAGCUUUGAGCUAAAGUACCUGAUCGCCGGACACACCAAGGCCUACCAAGAGACCUUUGAUUCGCUCGUGUCCUUCACAUCAAACUUGACCAGCACUCUGUUCGACAGCGCCUACUCUGCUCUGGCAUCCGACUGUCACCCCCUUGUGCUUCAUCUGUUCGGCGGCAUCAAACGCCACCUCUCUGGAAACUCUAACUCCUCACUGGAGAGCACCGUGCGUCGAUUCUACAACGAUCUUUUCCCACUGGUCUAUCGCCGUUUGCUUAACCCCGGCAUUGGACACAUGUCACCCCAGUCCUAUUCCCCGCUCACCGGCAAUCACGACGACUGCCUGAGGAUGACGAGGCAGGACGUCAGCCCGUUCGGACCACAUCCGCGCCUUCUCGUCGGCAGCUUGUCUCGUGCACUCGGGGCUGGGCGAGCACUUAGCCGACUGCUGAGGUUGGCAGGAGAGGUUGUGAACGCGACCGAGAAGGCGACGUUAUCAAGAGAGUGUGGGCGGGGCUUAGUGAGGAUGCAGUACUGUUCCCACUGCAGAGGGCUGACACUGAUACGACCCUGCACCGGACUGUGUGUCAACAUUAUGAGGGGAUGUCUGGUGGGUGUGUCAGAGCUUGGCGCCCCCUGGGGGAGUCUGGUGGUGCUGCUUCAACGGUUAUCUGCCACUUUAGCAACCAGCAGCAACAGCAACAGCAUGGAGCUAGCCCUGUUAGCAGUCAGGAAUCAUGUGAAUGAUGCUAUCCUGCACGCUCAGCUGCAUGGGCCGCGCAUCACAGCCACGGUGGAGAAGGUGUGUGGACCCCAGGCAGCAGCCCCCAUGAUGCCAAGUGAAAACCCCACCACCCCACGUGUUACGACCUCUGUGAGCCCCGCCACAUCCGUGACCACAGAGAGGUCGCAGGUCACAUCGACUCCCUCGGUGGGUCCGGCUGCUCAGCGACGUCUGCAGGUGCAGUCCCGUAGGUCAUUUGUCCUCAAAGGCUCCAAAGGAGACAAGAGUCGCAGCCUGAAGAAGCUAUCGAGGGAGUUUGAGGGCUCGAUCCAGAGGUACCAGUGGUUCUUCUCAGAGCUGCCAGAGAUGCUCUGUGAGAGUGAGAUGGAGGUUGAGCAGCACACAUGCUGGAGCGGCCAAGACGUCGUAGAGAGUUAUGCAGGUCGUGUAGUUGGCAGCGGUUUAAAAGCCCAGAGGGAGAACCCAGAGAUGUCCGUCCGUAAUACAGAUCCUGUCCUGAAGGGGGCGAAGCAGAGGCUGGAGCAGCUAACACAGGAGCUGUUAGUUGAGCUCGGCUGGGCCACUAAAGCCAGAGCAAAGGUGGAGGAAGAGGAGGGAGGGAGCGCACAGACGGAGAGAGGCAGCGGGGACGACUGCGAUGAUGAAGAUGGCUGUGAAGCAUCUGGUGAGGAGAACGGUGAUGAGACAGGCGAUAUAUCCAGUGGUCGUAGUCCAGCAACAAAGGACAUGGCUCCUCCCCCUGCUCGUCGGCCUGUCCCUCCUCACCGCCUCUCACCCCCAAAGGUGGCUGUAAGAGACUCAGCCCACACGUUGUCCGUCAAACCUUUGACCCUGGUGACCCUAGUGCUCCUUGUACUAUCACCGUGGCAACAUCGCUGAUCCCACAGGCCGAGCUGGUCCCUGAGACAAUAUAUAUA